ACACACACACUUUCCCUGUCUCUCUCACACACACAGAUACACACACACACACACACACACACACACACACACACACGGACACACACACACACACACACACACACACACACAUACAUGGACACACACUGUCCAGCUGGACUCAACAGAACCAGACCGGCUACUGUCACCCACCGGUGGAGACUCGCAUGAGCAGCGGCAAUACAGCAUCUACCGGUGCGGGUGAACGCAAAGGGUGAUGCCAGGAGAGCUUGAAAGACAGUGAGGAAACUGCACUCCGUCCAUCCGCACCCCCCUUCAUCCUCGUCCCAACGUGCAGAGCUGACACCUCAGGUCGGACAGGUCUCUACUUCUUGUUCUUCUCCUACUUCUCCUGCUCUGACGUUGUUUCGGAUGGAGGCAUUUUAAAGGUGAUGGACCGAAAGAAAAGGAGCAGUGUCACUCCUGUUAUUUUGGAGAGUUGACAUUCGGGCAUUUUUUUCGUCCCACUGAAUAGGUUCAGGCGUCUGAUCCGCAGGAUUGAGCAGGUUAAGAGGACUAAACGUGAUUUUUCUUUUUUUUUCUUUCUUUUUUUAAAUUUUUUUCUCUUCUUGGGUCUGGUUUCAUCAUGCAGCGAAUGGUUCCGUGGAUGAAUCCUUUCAGACAGGGUUGAGUCGAACUUCAUUGGAGCUCCAGGAGGAGGGUGCGGGCACGCUCGGAUUGGGACGGAGGCACCAGGGCACAUUGCUGGGCUAGCACUGCACUGUUUUUUAGGUGGAUAACAACAUAACUUGUCCCAACAGAGGAACAGUGACGUAUUAAGGCUUCACCUGAACCUCACUCGCAACCAGAAAACGGGACAACUAGAAGGACAUUUAAAGGCAAACGCCCAUCGCUCAGAACCUCAACAAGAGCCAGUUUUCAGUUUUGGGGUGGGCCUUUGAGGGAUCCACCUUCAUUUCCGCCACCUCCUCCUCGUUUGCUGCCUUUCUCCCCGCUGCUUUGGUCCAUCCUCAGAAGCCCCCUCCACCCCCUCCUCAGCUCUGCACCCCUCCCUCAGCGGUGCUCCGUCGCCCUGGGUGAGCGGGCAGGGGGGUGGCCCACGGUACCCCCCGACACCUGGGCGCCACCAAGCCGCCAGUGGCUGGUGAGGUGGCGGCAGGGUCAGCGCUGGGAAGAUGGCCGCUCUCGCCAGCUCCCUCAUUCGCCAGCGCAGGGAGGUCAAGGACCCCCAGGCAAACCGGCAGAUCGCCAGCAAGCGCAAGCCCUGCCCAAAGAGCAACAAGUCGCUCUGCCAGAAGCAAAUCCUCAUAUUAAUAUCGAAGGUUCGACUAUGUGGCAGUCGAGGGAGAAAAAUGGAAAAAAGACCAGAGCCCCAGCUGAAGGGCAUCGUCACGCGGCUUUACUGCAGACACGGCUUCUACCUCCAGAUGCUGCCGGAUGGCACCAUGGAAGGCACAAAGGACGAAAGCAGCUCCUUCUUGCAGUUCAACUUGAUUCCUGUGGGGCUCAGGAUAGUGGCCAUCCAGAGCACCAAGACGGGGCUCUACGUUGCCAUGAACAGCGAGGGCUACCUCUACACUUCGGAACACUUCACGCCCGAGUGUAAGUUUAAGGAGAGUGUGUUUGAGAACUACUACGUCACCUACUCCUCCAUCCUGUACAGACAGACCCAGUCGGGUCGGGCGUGGUACAUCGGCAUCAACCGAGAUGGACAGGUCAUGAAAGGGAACCGUGUCAAGAAGACAAAGGGAGCAGCGCACUUCCUGCCCAAACUUAUUGAAGUGGCCAUGUACCGGGAGCCCUCUCUACACGACGUUGCCGAGCAGAGUCCGCCCAGGAAAACGCCCAAGACCUCCAGUGAGUCGCCCGUGCUCCAGAACGGCAAGAAGGACCCUAAAUCCAAAACCAAAACAACGUCCUAGCGCUCAGAGACGCGGGUGGGGAGGAGGGGGGGAGAGGUCACGGCGGACACCUGAACACGGUUGUUAGGGCUACCCUAUACUGGCGACACUUAACCCUUGAGAACUAUGCGUACCACAAUGCAGUGGUGUAAAGUUGGAG